AGCCCGGAGGAGGAGCGGGGCCGGGCGGUGCCUGCGGCGGGGCCGGGGCCGGGGCGCGGCGGCGGCGGGGCCGGGGGGCGGGCGGAGGCGGCGGAGGCGGCGGGGGGGGGCAGACAAUGGCGGAGGGGGGCAGCGGUCGGGGGGUAGCGGCGGGUCGGUGGCUCCUGCCCGCCUCCUCCCCGCCUUCCUCUUCCUCCUCCUCCUCCUCCUCCUCCUCCUCCUCCUUCUUCUUCCCGGGUAGGAAAGUUUCAGCGUCGAUCGCGGAGCAACAACCGGGCCGGGCUUUUGGCAGCCUGGCCCCUUCGGUACGGCAGCUUUCGCUUCGUUUUACCGAGCCGGAGCCAACGGGCCCGGUUCAUGCCGGGGCUCAAUCGCCGUCCCCGGCUCCACCGCCGCCACCGCCGCCGCCGUCGUCGCCGCCGGGCCCGGGGUUAAACGCGGAGCCGCCGCGUUGGCCCAGCGUCCCGGCGAUGCGGAAACUCUUCGGGGAAAGCUGCCGGCAAUCUACGGGGGGAAGCGGGAAUGGGAACGGGAAUGGGAGCGGGGUGGGGAACGGGAGCGGGGCUGGGAGCGGGAGUGGGACCGGGAGCGGUCGGGGAGCUCCCCCGCCGCCUCCACCCCGCAGCCGCGUCCCGCACCCGGCUCUCCGUUCUCCCCGCGGAGCUCCGCCGGAGCCCGGCCCGCAUUCCUGGCAUAACUCGACUCGACCGCAACCACCCUCCUCCUCCCCAUCACCCCGCUCCAACGGGGAGGAUGAAGCAGCCGCAUCCCGUUCCCCCCGCGCUUCAUCGGGCAGCGAAGGCGAAGGGCAAACCGGUGCACACCGGCACCGCGCCGCCCGGAAGAAGAAGAAGGAGAGCGGUGGUUGGGAGAGCCCAGCGGAUGGCGGCGAUGCCGAGGCCGAAGGCUGCGGGAGGGUGGUCCCCCGUCAUCCCUUGCCUGUGGUGGCCCGUGUCUCCAAAGUGAACAUCCUGCCCUUCGGCAGCCCCAGUGGGUCGCGGAGCAGCAGUCGUUAUUCCAGCACGGAGACGCUGAAGGAAGAGGAACAGUUUGGGGUUUGUUGGCCCAACCAAGGACGGACUCUCCAGGCGGGUUACGGCAUCUAUCGAUCACCCAGUUUCGGGACGAGCGAUGGCCUGGCGUGGGGACAGCCGUCUGUCCGCGUCCAUCCCAAGCUGCCGCAGGGCACAGCCAAGGUGAAAUCGGACUUUGAGAGUGAGAGCCUGCACCAGCCAGGGCUGGAAGGGGAGCGGGCCAAGCACCGCAAGUCCUUGUCCAACCCUGACAUCGCCACCGAGACCCUGACGCUCCUCAGCUUCCUCAAAUCAGACCUCUCGGAGCUGAAGGUGAAGAAGAAAGGGGUGAGGAUUGGCCUUGACGCGGGUUCCGACGGCUAUUCCAGCAUCACCAACUCCUCCCCGGGCAGCCGCGGUGCCACUCAGCCCCCCAACCGCUGGGCACUGGGCGAGCGGCCAACACUCAAGGACCUGACGGCCACUUUGCGUCGAGCCAAGUCCUUCACCUGCUCCGAAAAAUCGGGGAUGCGGAGGCUUUUCCUACAGAGCACCAUGAAGCAGAGCUCUUCCGAGCUCCUCCUGGCCACUGCUGACUGCCAGGACCAGGUGGCUUCGGAUGGGGGACAGCGGGGGGAUGAGGAUGCUCUCCCCAUGGUCAUCCAGGACCAGUACAUCCAGGAGGCGAGGCAGGUCUUUGAGAAGAUCAGCAGGAUGGGUUCCCAGCAGGACUACGGCUUCACGGCCGAGCAGAAGGACAGUGAAGGUGUGGAGGGCGCCGAGGUGGUGGCACCGACAGGGACAACGGACGAGGCCCUUCAGGGACGGGCGGAGAGCACGCGGUGUUUGAAGGAAGUGGACUUGGAGGAGAACCUCACUCGCAGGAAAUCCGUGGAGGAGCUGUCGGGUCACGAGUCAAGCGUGACAGACGAGGGCAUCGUCACAGAGCCGGAGCCCAUGGGGAUGCCCUUCCAAGACUUGCACGAAGCCGUGGAUGCCUGGACGCUGCCCAAUGCUGGGUCGGCAGCCGGUGACACUGAAAUGCCACUGCCCGCUCACCCGGCAGUGGUGGUUGAAGACCUUCCAGUUGGCAAAUCCGAGACACCGAGCACCCCUGGCAGCUUGCGGCGCCGACGUAAGUUCCCCUCAGCGUGUGCCAAUGGGAUGGAGGGUGGCAGCGAGGGUGGCACUGAACCCUACCGCUCCCUGAGCGACCCAAUGCCCCACCGGAGAUGUGCGAUGGCGGAGGAAGCGAAGAAUUUCUCUGUCGACAGCAACCUCCUGGGCUCGCUGAACACCAAGGCGGGCAUCCCCCAACCUGCCGCCAUUGCAGGCAGCGCAGGCAGCGCAGGUAGCGACCUGUCGCUUGGCAGCGACGGGCUGCGGGACUACAGCAGCCUCAUCCAAACCAUCGUCAGCCAGCCUGGAGCCAUGGCUAAGCUCAUCGAUGAGAAGGGCAACGGCAAGACCAUCAAGAAGAAGUCGUUGAGUGACCCCAGCCGCCGCGGUGAGCUGCCGGCCGGUGCCUUCGAAGGUCCUGGUGAGGCCAUCAGCGAGCUGGAGCCCAGCAUCCCACCGUCCAGCAGCGAGCCCAUCCUCUCGGCACAACCAGCAGCGCCAGGCACCGGCCGCAGUUAUGGCUUUGACCCCAAGUUGGCUGAUGUGUUGUCCCCUCGCAUCGCCCGGCGCAGCUCCAAGAAGCGCUCCAACCGUGCGGCUCACCAAGAAAACCAACCACCACCAGCACCUGCCGUCCUCACCAAGAGCCGCCCGGCCACCAAGCACAUCCGUCACACCAGUGAGCCCGCCACCUUCGUCCCCAUCACCGUCCCCGAGCCGCUUGUCCCCUCCGGCCACCACAGCCACCUCCCCGCGCCCACUGCUGGCCGCUCACCCGGCAAAUCCUUCCCGACCCUCCAGCCUCCUUCGCUGGAGGAUGUCACCAAGCGGUACAUGCUGUCCCUCAACUCAGGUGACGCUUCCCCCGGUCCCGGGGAUGGACCCCGCUCUCCGCCCGCUGCCCCACCGCCCCGGUUGCCCCGGUGCCCACGGCCACCCGACGAACAUGGACCCAGGACCAAGCCACAGGUGAUGGUGAGGACUCUGGCGCAGUUCACCAUCGCGCUGGAGGACAUGCGAGACAUCGGGGACGGCAUCGACGCGGCCUUCGCCGCCUCCGGGCUCGGCGGGGCGGCCGAGGAGCUACCGGAGAAGGGUUGCGGCAGUCGCGGUGGGACCGAGGACAUGAGGAAACACGUCAUCAUGACGCUGCUGGACACGGAGCAGUCCUACGUGGAGUCCUUGCGCACCUUGAUGCAGGGUUACAUGAAGCCACUGAAGCAGCCAGAGAACUCGCUGUUGUGUGACCCAUCGCUGGUGGACGAGAUCUUCGACCAAAUCCCCGAACUGCUGGAGCACCACGAGCAGUUCCUGGAGCAGAUCCACGACUGCGUGCAGAAUUGGCACGAGAAGCAGAAAGUGGGCGACCUCCUCGUGCAGUCAUUCUCCAAGGACGUGCUGGUGAACAUCUACUCUGCCUACAUCGACAACUUCCUUAACGCCAAGGAUGCCGUCAGGAUCGCCAAGGAAGCCCGGCCGGCAUUCAUGAAGUUCCUGGAGCAAAGCAUGCGGGAGAACAAGGAGAAGCAGGCUCUGUCCGACCUGAUGAUCAAGCCGGUGCAGAGGAUCCCCCGAUACGAGCUGCUGGUGAAGGACCUGCUGAAGCACACACCAGAGGACCACCCCGACCACCCUUUCCUCAUCGACGCCCAGCGCAACAUCAAGCAAGUGGCUGAGAGGAUCAACAAGGGCAUGAAGAGUGCAGAGGAGGUGGAGAGGAACGCCCGGAUCGUGCAGGAGAUCGAGUCCCACAUCGAAGGGAUGGAGGACCUCCAGGCCCCGCUCCGCAGGUUCCUGCGACAGGAGAUGGUCGUGGAAGUGAAGGCGGUGGGUGGGAAGAAGGACCGCUCCUUCUUCCUCUUCACGGACCUGCUGGUGUGCACAACCUUGAAGCGCAAGUCGGGCUCCCUCCGCCGCAGCUCUAUGAGCCUGUACACGGCAGCCAGCGUGAUCGACACCGCUAGCAAGUACAAACUGCUCUGGAAACUGCCACUGGAGGAUGUGGACAUCGUCAAAGGUGCCUCACAAGCCACCAACCGGGAGAGCAUCCAGAAAAGCAUCUGCCGCCUGGAUGAAGACCUCAGCACGUUGGGGCAAGUCAGCAAGCUGUCGGAGACCCUCAGUUUCCCCCACCAGAGCCUGGAUGACGUGAUCAAGGACCUGAUGGCCGCCAUCCACCGUGAGCUGGCAGAGAAGCAAUCCCUGUCCUUCAGCAUGGCCUUCCCCCCCAACAAGGUGGAGCUCAGCACCACCAAAGCUGAUGGCACCGAGUCCUUCAUCUUUGAGUUCCCCAACCCUGAUGCCCGGCUUGGCUUUGAGCAAGCCUUCGAGGACGCCAAGAAGAAGCUGGCUUCCAGCAAAAACUGCCUGGACCCAGAGUUCCUCAAGGCCAUCCCCAUCAUGAAGACGCGGAGCGGGAUGCAGUUUUCUUGUGCUUCUCCCAGCCACGGCAGCCCGGAAAGCUCCCACGAGGUUUGGGUUUGCAACAGCGAUGGUUACGUGGGGCAGGUUUGUUUGCUCAGCAUCCGUAAGGAGCCCACGGUGGAGGCGUGCAUCGCCGUCUGCUCCGCCAGGAUCCUCUGCAUCGCCUCCGUGCCCGGUCUCAAGCGGGCGUAUAGGGAGCGUGCCGAGCCGGUGGGCAGCCCCUCCUCGGAGCCGAUGCCGGCGCAGCCAGAGGAUGCGGGGCCGCAGCCGUGCCUGCACAUCUCCAUCUCGGGUUCAUCGCUGGAGCUCUCAGAGCCGGUCGACGGUGGCAACAGGGAGCUGGUGCCCUUCGAUAGCGAUGACACAGAUGAUGAGUCUUCACCCAGCCCCUCGGGGACGCUGCAGAGCCAAGCCAGCCACUCCACCAUCUCCUCCAGCUUCGGCAAUGAAGAGAUCCCGAGCUGCAAGGAGGCAACAGCGGAGACGACGAGCUCGGAGGAAGAGCAAGAACCUGGCUUCAUGCCCAUCACUGGCACCUAUGGCCAAAACCGGCAUGGCGAGAGCCCCACAGACGGGCGAGCCCUGCGCCGUUCCAGCCGCGGCUCCUUCACCCGGGGCAGCCUUGAGGACCUCCUCAGCCUUGACCCUGAAGCCCAUCAGAGCUCCAUGUGGUUGGGCACCGAGGAUGGCUGCAUCCAUGUGUACCAGUCCUCGGACAACAUCCGUAACAGGAAGAACAGCAUGAAGAUGCAACACGCUGCCGCAGUCAUGUGCAUCUUGUACCUGGAUAACCAGGUUUUCGUGUCGUUGGCCAACGGGGAACUUGUUGCGUACCAACGGGAGGCAGGCCGCUUCUGGGACCCCCAAAACUCCAAGUCCCUGUCCCUGGGCUCACCGGGGAGCCCCAUCACCAAGAUGGUGGCAGUGGCGGGGAAGCUCUGGUGCGGCUGCCAAAACCGGGUCAUCGUCCUCAACACCACCACGUUGGUGCAAGAGCACACGCUCCAGGUGGGACAGGAUGGUGGGCGCAGUGUCACCUGCAUGGUGAGCGCGGGGACCGGCGUGUGGGUCGCGCUGCAGAGCAGUGCCCAGGUCCGGCUUUACCACGCCACCAGCUACGAGCAGUUGGCCGAAGCGGAUAUCACCCCCCCGGUACACAAGAUGCUCGCCGGUUCGGAUGCCAUUAUCCGGCAGCACAAGGCAGCCUGCCUGCGGAUCACGGCUCUCCUGGUGUGCAAGGACCUGCUGUGGAUCGGGACCAGCGCCGGCGUGGUGCUGACCCUCGCCGUCUCGGCCAAGGCGGCCCCGGCCUUGGUGGGGCUCUCCCAGGGUCACACCGGCCACGUCCGCUUCCUCACCGCCAUCGAGCUCCCCGACGGCUUCGACCUCCUCUUCCCAUUGCCGAGGGAGUCGGGGGCCGAGAAGCCGAGCGAAGCAGAGAAACGAGACCCCUCGCGGCCCCGUGCCCCCGCCCUCACCCUCUCCAAACCCAAGAUGCUGGUGAUCAGUGGGGGGGACGGCUACGAGGAUUUCCGCCUGACCAGCAGCAGCGAGACGGUGGGCCGGGACGACAGCACCAACCACCUCCUCCUCUGGAGAGCCUGAACGGCCGCGGCCCCCCCCAGGGCCAUCCCGGCGAGGAAGGGGGGUGCUGGCCCCCCUUUAUGCAGACGGGGGGGGUCCCGACCCCUGACCCCACCACCCCCAGCCCCAGCGCCUCUCAUCUCCAACCCGGCUGCUCUCUGUGUGCUCGGGGUUGGGGGGGAUGAGCCCCAGUCCCCCCACCAUCCCCCCAGCCAUUGCACCAGACUGGGAGGGGGGGGGACACAAUGACACCGCUUUUGGGGUGUGGAGAAGAUUGGGUGGGAGGGUGGGGUGCAUUCGCUUGGGAAGGCGCUAACGAAGGAGGAAGGCGUUAACGAGCAUCCCUGGGGACCGGCCGGAGGAUGCCGUACAGGAACCUGCCUUGCUCUCCGGUUUUGUGUGUGCCUGCUUCGGGGCGGGGGGGGGGGAUCACGGCGCUGUCACCCCCCCCAUUCCGUCUCCCGGGACCCCCGGCCACGCCGUGGGACCACCCCAGGGACAAUACGCCCGUGGUGUCCCCCCCGCCCCGGGCCUCCCGCUAACCUGCUCGCUCCAUCGCCAGCACCCAGAUAGCUCUGUUUGUUUGUUCGUUUGUUUUAAAUAUA